GGGGCAUUUCCGAAGGGCGUCUCUUUCCUUUAUGAAUUUGAGCGCCGAGUGUGUAGUAUGUACUAAUUUCUCAACAUACCUCAAGUUUCUACAUAUAUCAUCAAGACAAUAGAAUUCAUUUGCUAUAGAGCUGCUUGCUUGUGAAUUUGGCUGUGCAAAAGGGGAAAAAGAAGAUGUCGAAGUAUCUAAUCGGAAUUGAUGUUGGUGGAACAAACACUGACUCUGUUUUGUUGGAUCCUAGUCGUUCAAUAAACAACCAUUCAGUCUUAUCAUGGAACAAACAAUUGACUACAAACAACGUCUCUGAAGGUAUAAAGAACUCCAUAUUAGAAUUGUUCAAAUCGCAGCCUGAUGUUUCAAAAGAUGAUAUAUUGUCGCUGACUAUAGGUACUACUCAUUUCAUUAAUGCAAUUGUUGAAAGGGAUCAAGCUCGUUUAGAUAAAGUAGCUGUCCUAAGAAUAUGUGGUCCUUAUUCUCAUAAUGUUCCCCCAUUUUCUGAUUUCCCUAGAGACUUACAAAACUUGUUGGAUGGGUAUCAAGGAUUGAUUCAAGGUGGCUUUCAUGUCGAUGGUAGCACAAUCGUUGAAAUAGAUGAAGAAGAAAUCAAAAAUCAUGCUAAACAGAUCCGAGAUUUAGGUAUUAAAUCAAUCGCAGUUACUGGUAUAUUUUCACCUGUUUUCCCAGAACAAGAGCUGAAAGUGCUUGAGAUAUUGAAAAAGGAACUCCCAGAUGCCAAUAUUGUUUUAUCUAAUGAACUAAGUGGAAUUGGUUUAUUAGAACGUGAAAAUUUAACAAUCUUGAAUGCUGCUGUCAAAAACUUUGCAAAUAAGAUCAUUAAAGCUUUUGCCAAAGCUGUCAGGGAAUCUGGGAUUGAUGCUCCUAUUUUAUUGACUCAAAAUGAUGGUACAGUCUUGACAAUUAAUGAAGCGCUCAAGAUUCCAAUCAAGACAUUUUCUUCAGGAACAACAAAUUCCAUGAGAGGGGCGUCUUUUCUUUUAAACAAAUUCGAAGGUCAAAAUGUUAUAGUGGUUGAUGUUGGUGGUACUACAACCGACGUUGGGUUACUUUUACCAAAUGGUUAUCCAAGAAAGACAUCAUCAUAUUCUUUUAUUGGAGGUGUGAAGACUAGAUUGUCAAUGCCUCAAGUCGAAAGUAUUGGAUUAGGUGGUGGUUCUAUUGUGAGAGACCAUGGAACACACGUCACAAUUGGUCCUGACUCUGUUGGUAAUGAUUUUGGUAAAUCUAUAGUCGGUGGUGGCUCAACUUUAACAACUUCAGACAUUGCGGUAGCAGUGGAAUUAGAGAACGAAGAUGUUGAUAACCCAAUUCUAUCAAUUGGUGAUAAAUCAAGAGUAAAAGGCAAAGUUUCCAAUGAGCUAAAAGGAAAGUAUGAAUUGGAAAUAUUAAACAUGAUUGAAAGAGUUAUUGAUAAAAUGAAAACCUCACCUGUUGAUGUUCCUGUUUUAUUAGUUGGUGGUGGUUCCUUUAUUUUACCAAAGAAAAUCAAAGGUGCUUCAGAAGCUUGGAGACCUAAAUAUUUUCAGGUUGCAAAUGCAAUAGGAGCAGCCAUUGGUAAAAUCAGUGCUGUAGCUCAAAAAUUCGGAAAGACUGAUGAAAAGGAUGAAAUUAUCAAUGAGUUGAAAGAACAAGCAUUUGCGAAAGCUUUGGCCAAUGGUGCACUGGAACCAACGAUAACUGUUGUUGAUAUUAACUCUGAGGAAGUACCGUAUGCUAAUCUUCAUAGGUUUGAAGUGAAGGUAAUCGCUGACGUUGACUUUGCGAAAUUAAAAGAUACAGUUCCAACUGACAUAUUAACAAGCUCAGAAGAGGAAGAAGAAGUUUUCGUUAAGAAUGCAAUGAGACGUGAUGAUGAUUCAGAAAAGAUGGAAAAUAUAGAGGAAUAUAAGCCAUCAAUCACCAGUGAUAAAGAAUGGUUGAUAAGCCAAACAGAUCUUGAGCUUUUAAGAAUAGGGACAUAUAUUCUUGGUUGUGGUGGAGGUGGUGAUCCAUAUCCUCAGUAUCUCAUUGCCAAAAAUUUAUUGAAAAGUGGUGGAGUUAUGAGGGUUGUGGAUGUUGAUUUUAAACAAAAUUACGAUUCAAUUUCCGUUGGAUUCUGUGGCUCACCAACUGUCGCCAAUGAACGACUACAGGGCUCUGAAAUCAAAAAUGCCUACAAUUUAUUAAACUUCAAAGGAAAUAUUGAGUCUGUUGUUGCGUUAGAGAUUGGAGGAGGUAAUGGAUUUCAAUCUUUGUUAUUGGGUGCUGAAUUGAAUACAAAAAUUAUAGAUGCUGAUCUUAUGGGUCGUGCUUAUCCAAUGGUUUGGCAGAUUACUCCAGUUGUCUUAUCUGAAGAUUCUUUUUACUCACCUUGUGCAUUUAGUGAUGGUAACGGCAAUGAUGUUGUCGUACACAAGACGAAAACCAAUCAAUACGCUGAAAAGGUUGUCAGAGCUGCGCUAUCAGAACUAGGUUCAUUUGUUGGGUUGGUGUCUUCAAUUAAAGAUGUUAAUUCGCUUGUUAUUAGAAAUAGUAUCUCGUUGGCUUGGAGAGUUGGUAGAGCUGUUGCAAUUGCAAGACAAAAAAGUGAUAUUGAAAACCUACCAGAGCAUAUAAUCAAUUCAGUUAAGCCAACUGGAGCCAAAAAACUAUUCGAAGGUAAGAUCGUUGCUGUUGAAAAGAAGGUUCAUAAAGGUUAUGUUUUUGGAGAAGUCAUUAUUGAAAAUUCCAAACAAGGACAAACAUUGAAGAUACCUUUCCAAAAUGAAAAUAUUUAUGCAAGCCUUGAAGGUGAAAUUAUAGCCUCCGUUCCAGAUCUCAUCACAGUAAUCGAUGCCGAUACUGGUGAAGCUGUCGGUACUCCAGAUUAUAAAUACGGAUUAGUUGUUUUUGUUUUGGCAAUUUCUCCUUCCAAUUUGUGGACGGAUACAGAAAAAGGUCUCAAAGUGGGUGGACCUGAAGCUUUUGGUCUUGAUGAUAUUAAAUACAAUCCAAUUGGAACGUAUGUCAAACCAGUCAGUGUUAUAGAUGAGUUUAAAUAAUGUUAAAUUUCUAAUAGACGUUAUAUAUAAUGUUGCUCUUAC